AUGCCUAUGUAUGAAUUCCACCACAUCCUGGCCAUUACCAAGGCGCAGAAAUCUAACAUUUCACGUGCGAUAACCGAAUGGCAUGCCGCGACCUUUAAGGCGCCUCGAUUCAUUGUCAACUGUCGUUUUGUGGAUAUUCGUGCUGAUCACCCCGAUAACAACUGGGUUGGCGGACUGCCCAUGAAGACGAACAAACUCAUGAUCACUCUGAGGAGUGGUACUGGCAGAACCGAACAGCAGUACCGGGACAUCACCAACAAAGUUGUGUCGCUGUGGGAUGAGGCAGUCAAGGACUCUCAGGCAAACGACCGCGAGAAAGAGUUGAAAGAUGUCUUCAUCAUGGGCACUUUUGACUCUGCAAUGGAGAGGGGCUUCUUUCUGCCUUUACCUGGAAAAUUUGAGGAAUGGGUUGCAAAGUCCAAGCCUGAGUUUCAGAAGCUGGCUGACGGCGGCGAUGAGAUCUUCCAGGGUCUCCUCAAGGAGAUUGAGGAGAGGCCUGAGUUUCAGCCGAGUAAGAAAUGA